CCUAAAAACGUAUUGUGACAGGUUCUUUUUAGGGUUUUAGAGCGAACGAGCGAGACAGAGAGGCAGCGAGAGAAAGGGCGGAGGUCAUCGAUGGCUCCUAAGGUUGCUAAGGGCAAGGGAAAGGCGGGGAAGGGAUCGAAGGGGGCGGAAGACGCAUCGGUGACAAAGCGUGUUAAGGUGUGGAGCACGUGGGCGAUGAAGAAGGCGAAGGUCGUAGCCCACUACGGCUUCAUCCCCCUCAUUAUAGUCAUUGGCAUGAACUCUGAACCCAAGCCCCAACUUUCUCAACUCCUUAGUCCUGUCUAAUUUCUUAUUUGGUGUGGUACAUGCGUGAUCCCAUCUGCGUUCUUGGGUUUCUUCUUGAUCGAAAUAUUUUAUGUAUUUUGUUUGUAAAAUCAUAAUCUUCGAUUAUGUUUGUGGUUCUAUGUUUAUGUAGUUGUAAUUUUUGGGUAUCAUCCUUUGUAUGGAAGAUAUUUGGGAGAUACUGUAGUUUAAAUCCUGCUUUGUUUUUUGUCUUGUAAUUUUAUCGAUCAUCUCUCGGUUGAUGGUCCAGUUUCGACGCGUAUUAAUUUAUGGUCCUUGUGUGUCUUUUCCCUGAGAUGUAUGAUUUCAUGUUAUGGAGGUCUGAUUAUGUGUUACAUU